AUAUUGUCUCUGUGUUACCUAGAAGGGAACAAGCUUUGUAUCAUAAUGAUUUGGCUAACGUACACCGCUUCACUUGUCCUUUGCCAAACAGAAAACCAUUAAGUCUUUCCUGUAGAGUUUGUUUUUCCUUUGUUGUCAACCCAAUUCUUUUUUGUUUUUUCCUCCAUUACAAACACCGCUCUGUCCGGGAUUAUAUACGUUUGCUCUCGUCAUCUUUUCAAUUCUUCAUUUUCCAUUUUUCCAGUAACUCGCACUGAUUGAAUCUAGCUCGCAUUGUUACAAUUAGUCUUAAAUCUCUUAUUCGUAUAGUUUUCUUUUGUUGCUUUUUCCUUGUGUCCUCUACCUGCGCUACGUACGCUUCAGUAAAAGACCAAUCCACCUUUAUAGAUCUCUGUUCCUCUGUUUCUUUAUUUUUUGCUUUUUCAAUCCCCUUAUUUUCAUCAUUCAUCAUGGCUGGUCGUCGUCUUAGUAGCAAUGCUCACAUUGACCUUCAGCCCAUCCGCCAAGGCAUCCUUCUACCCUUCAAUGACCGUCCCAAGGAAAUGACAAGUCUGAUAGAGUGUAAUGAACAGUUUUUUCGCUCUAUAUGUGAUACGGUGGGUGAAAAAAAAUACCAAAAACUUUUGCAUCUUUGGAAAGACACUUCACGUUCGGAAAUUUGUGACGCCAAUUUACUACUGAAAAGUCAAAGGCUUUUACUUUGUCUUCCAGAAGAUUUGGAUCCAAAUACCGAUACAAAAACCACUAAUGACAGUCAAGGCUCCUCCGGUUCGUUCCAAAUCGACCAUUCCCGCUAUCAUCUGUGGAGACAAUUUUGUAAUGUCGUUGGUUAUGAUAUGCCAACGCCAACGUCCCAAGAAGACAAUAAAGCCCAUGAAACCAUCCUUGAAUCCCCUGCUACGGAGGAGAAUGAUGCCGUCAUGUCCAGUGACUCCAACGAGGGUUAAUCAUGUUUUUCUAUUCUAUUCUUUUUUAUUUUCUUUCUUCCAUAAAACACUUGCUAUUCGGGCAUGUACAACAAUCAGACUUUCCUUCUUUUUCUUCAUCCUUUUCAAAUGCCAUUUUGCUGAACCCAGUUCUUUUGGUUUUUGAACAUCUCUAUUAUGGACAGAAUGGAUGGACCCUAUAUCACAUGUCUAUCUUCCUUUUGCUUUCCAUUUUAUUGUACUAAUACUUUUAAUUUUUCCUCCGUAUUUUUCUAGUUUUAUUCUUCCUAUGAUUCUCUAUCUUUUCAGUAGGGUGCUGAGAUUUAUGCUUUUAUGAAACGAACUAUUCCUUUAUUAUUAUUAUUAUUAUUACUUUUUUUUUCUUUUAUUGCUCACACUUUGUUAUGACUACUUCUCUCAUGCUCCAGAUUCCCAAAUCUUCAAGCGCAUAUUGAGAAUUCCGUAAACUGUUUCAUGAUAUUCAUAACGAUUGUGUUUAUUUUGGUUUAUUUUUUUCCCUAUCUCUUCCCCUUUCUGUGUAUUUCUUUAAUUUUUUAUAAGUAAGCUUUUUAUGCUAUUUUCAUUUAUCUCUCGCUUUCCACUCUUCCAAUAACUUAUUCGUAAG